AUGAAGUACAAUCCAUCUGACUCCAACUACUUGGACUUCCUUGCCAAUCUCGAAUCAAUCAUAUCAUCAACCAGUCUUACCGAAGAAGAACAAUUCACCAUUCGCAGCAGCACUGUACAGGCAUUGAAGAACCGAAAAAAGUUCUCAACGCUAUCUUACGAUGAAACGAAAGCCCUUAAAGCUCUAAAACAAGACGAAGACAUCAUCAUUCUACCUGCCGACAAAGGAGGUGCCACCACUGUUUUGAACAAAACAGACUACACAGACAAAAUGAUGUCACUCUUAAAAGAUGAUUCAACAUACGAACCUCUAGCUGCCGACCCCACCAAAUCGCAAAACUCACAUAUUGAAAAAACACUGAAACGCCUUUCGGGUAGGAAAUUUAUCACAGGAGUUCCUGCCAAGUCUUUAAAACAGGAUGAACCAACAAUUGCCAAGAUAUAUGGUCUUCCCAAAAUUCAUAAAACUGAUAUUCCGCUGCGACCGAUAGUCUCCCUAAUCGGUGCACCCAACUAUAAGAUCUCGAAAUGGCUAUUUCGCCAACUACAUCCACUAACGAAGAACUCCGAGAACUCCAUUCAAGAUUCAAAAGAGUUUCUAGACAAAUUAAGCGGUGUCAACAUCACAUGUGACGAGAUUAUGGUGUCAUUCGAUGUGGUCUCGCUCUUCACCUCGAUUCCGCUAGAUUUAGCAAAAAGCUGCACCGAAGAACUCCUUCAAACAUAUACUUCUGAGGUGCCUCCAGAGGCUUUACUUCAACUCCCUGAUCUCUGUCUGGAGACAAAUUUUUCCUUCUCAAAUCAAUGCUACCGGCAAUUAAAAGGUGCUCCCAUGGGUUCACCAAUAUCCGGUUUCCUGGCAGAAGCAUUACUGCAGAAAUUAGAGAGCAUAGCCCUUCCCACAGUCAAUCCAAAACUUUGGCUGCGAUACGUAGAUGACACUUUUGUCAUCGUCAAGAAAGAUCAGUUGAAUCUGCUCCAUACCAAUAUUAACUCCAUAUUUCCAGAAAUUACAUUUACUUUGGAAACAGAGGUCGAUGGACAACUCCCAUUCUUGGAUGUCCUUGUACGUCGAAAAAGCGAUGGAUCCCUCCAGACAUCAGUUUAUCGCAAAGAGGCGUAUUCAGAGGUCAUCCUACACUUUGAGAGUAACCACCCUGUCUCUCACAAACGGAGCACAGUCUACAGCCUUCUGAAUCGAGCCAAAACCCACUGCUCUGACGAAACAAGUUAUCGAGCAGAAAUGAAAUACCUCUACAAACUGUACUCCCAAAAUGGGUACCCGCAUGACUUUAUACGUCAAUGCAUGAGGCACCAGCAACUCAAGGGAAAAGGUAUUUCCAAUGCUACGGCCACUCAGGCACCAAACAAACCACAUGGCGAACUCUCCCAUACGUCAAAAAUGUAUCUGAACUUGUCGAAAGACAAUUGA